CGUUAAGCGUCGUGAUACCAUAGCAUCUCCUGCAUCCUGCAGAGCUGGGGUGACUGCACCUCGGCGGAUUUUCAUCAUCACCGAGUUUCCUUUUCCUUCUCCUGCUUCUUAAUUUACUUUCUUAUUACAAGGAACAGUAUGUGUUCAUCGUAGAAAACCUAGAAAAUACGAAAAAAAAGAAAAGAAAAGAAAGAAAAGAAAAAAAUCCCACCCCCAAAUGUAAUUCUUCAGCUAUCCAGAGAGAAGCGUUGCCGUGACAUUUUGGGGUCUACCCUCCAGGGUUUUGUCAUGGCCACAUGGACACAGCCUUCACACAUCCCCAGCAGCAGCCUUAGGCUCCCUUUCUAGCGGUGCUGGGGCAUACACACCUCUAGACGGUGGGCAUCGAACCUGCAGAUUCACUCUUAAAAUCGUCAUUAUGAACUAGUUCAGCCGAUCGGAAAAGCGUGGAAACUGGGCCGAAGUCCGCGCGCCCGGCUCCCAGAUCACACAGGAAUUUACCAUUUUACUGCUUUUGCUUCGAUGAGUCUUUUUCCAUCUUAAAGACAACUUUAGAGGUACAGUGACUACGUUGCCCUUUUUGGAGGUGACCCCUCUCCUGAAGCUGGUGCGCUUCAUCCUAUCUGGGUUUUAAACUUUAAGCUCCCUUUUUUAAGUGCCAGAAGCACGUUAACAUUUUAAUCUUCGGGGAUGGUAUUCUUUCUGUCUUCCGAAAGCCUGCUUGGUCAACAUCAGUUAACUCUUCCUUGAUGACUGUCGCCACUGUGAACACUCGUCCCAGGCCUGGAGGAUGUGGCGGUCAGCUUCCCUGAUUAGCUGGCAUUUCGCUUUUUUCUGAACAGGAAUUAAGGUGGAGGGUCCUUGCUGUUCUCUCUGCCGGUCCAUCCAUCCGUCUGUCAGUCUCUGCCUACGGUUUUCCCUGGGCUCAGCAGGCUCAGGCUGUCCGCUUCCACCCCUUUCUGCAGUCCGCCCGCCUGAUUCGCCCUUAUGCAGUUAGGAUUGCAGUUCUGCGGGGGCUCCGGGCCUGGCUGUCACUGUGAGCACUCCCAGGAAAAUGCAGCUUCCCAGGCUCCUCUGCAGACCUGCCUGGCCAGGACCUCCCGGGAGGCCCAGGAAGCUCAGGGGACCACUGCUCUGACGCUGGGAACGAGGGCGGUAGCUGUCGGAAAGCUGAGUCCGUUGCUGAGCUGAGCCUGAGGCUGUCCCUUGGCAAAGGCCCUUUGUCUUCAUGCCACUUGCCACUCUGGAGCCCCCUUGCUUCCUUCCCGGCUCUGGCCCUUCUCUAAGAACAGGGAGAACUCAUGAAGCACCUGUGACCCAGCACAGGGACCCAGCCUGGCCGAGGUCAGGGCCCGCAGCGCUUAGCCAGUGUUUCCGCUACAAGGCCCUUGGUGAAUUCGCUGUCCUCGCUCCUGACCGCUGCCUGGGGACACACAGAACCUAACUUUACCAUAAGAUGGCGAUGUGGCUGUGCAAACAUCUGAAGAGCGUUCUUCUCUGCCUGGAGAACUUGAUGACAAAAAAAUAUUCCUCCUUGGCUGAGCGGGCCAGGAAGCAUUAUCAGAAAAUGAAGUCGCUGCCCAGCUCGCUGCUCGUCAAGCUGAUUGAGGAGCGCCUGGGGGAGGACGACUGCGUCCAGCGGGGCUGGAUCCUGGAUGGCAUCCCUGAAACUCGGGAGCAGGUUCUGAUGAUCCAGGCCCUCGGGAUCACCCCCAGACACGUCAUCGUGCUCAGUGCUCCAGACACCGUCUUGAUCGAGAGAAACCUGGGGAAGAGAGUCGACCCUCACACUGGAGAAAUUUAUCACACCACCUUUGAUUGGCCCCCCGAAUUUGAAAUCCAGAACCGACUGAUAGUGCCAGAAGGCAUCUCGGAGCAGGAGACGGCGCAGAAGCUGAUGGCGUAUCACAGGAACAUAGUCAGUGUCCUCCCCUCGUACCCCAAAAUCCUGAAGGUCAUCAGUGCCGACCAGCCGUGCGUGGACGUCUUCUACCAGGCUCUGACCUACGCCCAGACUAACCAUCGAUCCAACGCCCCGUUCACCCUGAGGGUGCUGCUCCUCGGGCCCAAGGGCAGCGGGAAGCGUCUGCAGGCUGCCCUCCUGGCCCAGAAAUACGGCCUCGUCAGCGUCUGCUGUGGGCGACUGCUGAAAGAGGCCGUGGCCGACAAGUCCAAGUUCGGCGAGGUCAUCCAGCCGUUCUUUGAGAAGGACCUGGCAGUCCCUGACGGCAUCAUCAUGAAGGUGCUGAGCAAUCGCCUGACCCAGCACGACUGCAUCCAGAAAGGGUGGGUGAUGUACGGCUUCCCCCGGGACCUGGACCAGGCGCACAUGCUGAACACCCUGGAGUACAAGCCCAACAGGGUGUUUUUCCUGAAUGUGCCGUUAGAUUCCAUCAUUGAGCGACUGACGCUGAGAAGAAUCGACCCUGUCACGGGAGAGAGGUACCACCUCAUGUACAAGCCACCUCCGACCAUGGAAAUCCAGGCCCGACUCCUGGAGAACCCAAAAGACACGGAAGAGCAAGUCAAGCUCAAAAUGGACCUGUUCUAUAGGAAUUCGGCCGAGCUGGAGGCGUUCUACAAGCAGGCCAUCACCAUCAACGGGGACCAGGACCCGUACACGGUCUUCGAGUACAUAGAGACUGGGAUCAUCAAUCCCCUUCCCCAGAAAGUCUUCUGAUGGGUGCAGAGCAGGGAGCACCCCCAGGGAGACGAGGUUAAUCCCCACCCCCACCGUCUGGAACCUUAGCCAAGCCAAUAAAGAGUGCUUUGCUGGGUGCA